AUGCCUGGAAGAGGUGGAAGAAACGAUAAUGCAAUUGUUGAGGCUUUGGGGAUGAUUGCUGGCGUGUUGGGAGGAAAUGCCAAUGGUGCUGGGAUUAGUGCGAACAGACAAUUGGCAGAAUUUGAAAGGAACAGUCCUCCGUUGUUCAAAGGUACUCACGACCCUGAAGGCGCUCAGAAGUGGCUGAAAGAAAUCGAGAGAAUUUUCAUAGUGAUUGACUGUGUUAAUAACUUGAAGGUGAGGUAUGGUACUCACGUGCUAUCUGAGGAAGAUGACGACUGGUGGAUUUCUACCAAGACAAAGCUGGAUACUGAUGGGAUAUCAAUCACUUGGGUUGUGUUGAAGUGGGACUUUCUGAGGAAAUACUUUCCUGAGGAUGUUCGGGGAAGGAGGGAGAUUGAGUUUUUGGAGCUGAAGCAAGACAAUAUGACAGUUCCAGAGUAUGCUGCUAAGUUUGUAGAGUUGGCAAAGUACUACACUCUUUACAACAAUGAUGAGGUUGGUGAAUUUUUGAAAUGCAUCAAAUUCGAGAACGGCCUCCGUGAUGAAAUCAAGCAGGGUAUCAAAUAUCAGAGGAUUCGACGGUUUGUUAAUUUAAUUGACUGCAGUAGGAUAUUUGAAGAGGAUAACAUCAAGAUGAAGUCAUCUCACUCUCGCGAGUAG